AUGGAGAAACUUGUUGCUUUCACCUCUUUUCUCUUGUUGCUUCAGUACUAUUUUAUAAGUAGUUCAGCCAUGAACCAAUUUAAUAUCUCCACUGAUCAAUUAGCUCUUCUUUCCCUGAAAUCACAACUCAUUUCGGACCCCUUUCAUUCCUUGGAUGAAAGUUGGUCUCCAGCUAUGUCGGUUUGUCAUUGGGUUGGAGUCACUUGUGGCUCUCGUCACAAGAGAGUGAAGUCCUUGAAUCUUUCUGACAUGGCUCUUACUGGUAGAAUUCCACGUGAUUUUGGAAACCUCACAUUUCUUGUUUCUGUCAACUUGGUUAGCAACAGUUUCCGUGGAAAUUUGCCUCAAGAAAUGGCACACUUGCGUCAGCUUAAGUUUCUUGAUCUAAGUUUUAACAACUUCAGAGGGGAGGUUCCUUCUUGGAAUAAUAGUUUCACAGGAAUUCAAUUCCUUAGAAGGGCAUAUUCCUGUUUCUCUCUUGAAUUCCUCAAGGUUGGAAACAUUCCAAAAUGGAUCGGGAUAAUUCCACAAGAAAUUGGAAAUCUUGUUAAUUUGGUAGAGUUAGCCAUGGAGGAUAAUCAGAUUACUGGCUCUGUCCCGAUCUCCAUAUUCAAUAUCUCAUCGCCUCAACCUUUGUCACUGUGGAGGAACAAUCUUAGUGGAUUCUUACCAUGGGAGAUUGGUGAAAUACCCAAAGAGAUAAGCAAUCUCAUUGAGUUGGAGGUACUUAAUCUUGGGUUUAAUAGUUUUAGUGGUUCGCUUGAUAUGGAAAUCUUCAACAUAUCAGGGCUGAGAAUAAUUGAGCUUUCACACAAUAAUCUAUCAGGAAGCCUUCCACCAAACAUGUGUUCUAUCUUACCCAACAUUGAAAGACUUUUUCUGGGGAACCUUUCCACAUCUCGUAGAACAUUUUUCGCCAUCAGUUGUAAAAUCCAAGGGCGAAUUCCAGAUGAAGUUGGGAACUUAAGAAGCUUAUUAGACCUUGAUCUUUCUGGAAAUAACUUGGCUGGAUCAAUUCCCACAGCAAUUCGCAACUUGAGGAACCUUCAGCGCUUCAACUUGAGUAACAACAAACUUACAGGAUUUGUUGGAUCUCUUCCUAAUUAUUUAGGGAAUAUUACUUCCCUCAGGGAGAUACAUCUCGGUUCCGACAAAUUGAGUUGCAAUAUGCUACAAAGCUUAGGGAACCUUCAAGAUCUAGUGGUUCUUGACUUAUCGUCAAACAACAUAGUAGGUUCUUUACCUCCAGAAAUUGGAAAUCUAAAGGUUGUGACACUGACAGAUCUGUAUAGAAGAGGUCAAAGAGCUCCUCAACAAACUAAUGCAUUGUCUACCAUUAAAAGAGAAAGAAUUUCAUACUAUGAAUUACUCCAAGCAACUGAUGCGCUUAGCGAGAGUAAUUUGAUUAGUUCCGGAAGUUUUGGCACUGUUUACAAAGGUGUUCUCAGAAAUGGAACUGCCAUUGCAGUUAAAGUGUACAACCUACAACCGGAUGCGGCAUUCAAGAGUUUUGAUACGGAAUGUGAAGUUGUGCACAACCUUCGCCAUAGGAAUCUUGUAAAAGUCAUUUCUAGUUGUUCCAAUCUUGAUUUCAAGGCAUUAGUGCUCGAGUAUAUGCCAAAUGGAAGUCUUGAGAAGUAUUUGUAUUCGCACAACUACUUCCUCGACAUCAAGCAAAGACUAAGCAUAAUGAUAGAUGUGGCAUAUACUUUGGAAUAUCUUCACCAUGGAUGCUCGUGGCCUGUGAUCCAUUGUGAUCUAAAGCCUAGUAACAUCUUGCAGGAUGAGGAUAUGAUUGCCCACCUCAGAGACUUUGGCAUUUCAAAACUGCUUGGUGAAGAUCAGGGUGAUUUGCACACUAAAACCUUAGCAACAUUUGGGUAUAUUGCGCCAGGUACGUCUUUUAGUUUUGCUGAUUAUUCCUUUCUUUUUUUCCCACCUAGAAAGUAUAUUGCAUCUUUAAAUGAAUUGCUUGACUGUAGAGUAUGGACUGGAAGGACUAGUGUCUAUAGCUAUGGGGUCAUGCUGCUGGAAACGUUUACCAGGAGAAAGCCUAAUGAGUUUGAAGGAGAUCUUAGCUUGAAGCAAUGGGUGAGUUUUUCACUUCCAGAUGCAGUAAUGGACAUCGUGGAUGCCAACUUGGUAACAGCAACAGGUAAAGGCUUACAGAAGGAGCUAGAUGUUGUGGCAUCAAUCAUGAAAGUAGCAUUAGAUUGUUGUGUUGAAUCUCCGGCAAGAAGGACUAACAUAAAAGAUAUUGUAGGAAUGCUGCAGAAGAUCAAGAGUCAACUUCUUGCAUGCUGA